GGAGCGAGCGGCUGCUCGGCGCUGUCGGCGGGCGUGUCUAGCGCCGUCGGGCGUCCCUGGCUCCCGGGGCUGCAGGGCCGCUCCGGACUGGGCGUGCGGGUGAGUGACGGCGGCCUCCGCCAAUGGCGCGGGGAGGGGGCGGCCCCGCUGCCGCUCGGGCUCCUGCCGCUGUCUCCUUCCCUGGUCGCUCCUCGGUCCCUCUGAAGAUGUGUGCGCCCAUGGCUGGACCAAGGCAGCCAGAGCCGCACUUCCCAUUUAUCGCUUUGGGAUGGAGAUUUCUUCCCACCAGUUUCAUCUCCUGGAGCAACUCAAUGAGCAACGCAGGCAAGACCUGUUCUGCGACUGCAAUAUCCUGGUUGAGGGGAAGGUUUUCAAAGCACAUCGAAAUGUGCUGUUUGCCAGUAGCGGCUAUUUCAAGAUGCUCCUUUCCCAGAGCUCAAAGGAGACUAGUCAGCCAACAACUGCUACCUUCCAGGCAUUUUCUCCUGACACUUUUACCGUUAUUCUAGAUUUUGUUUAUUCAGGCAAACUGUCUCUCACUGGUCAAAAUGUCAUUGAAGUCAUGUCAGCUGCCAGCUAUCUUCAGAUGACUGAUGUUAUUAGUGUUUGUAAGACAUUCAUUAAGUCAUCAUUGGACAUCAGUGAGAAAGAGAAGGAUCGCUAUUUCAGCCUGUCAGACAAAGAUGUAAAUUCAAAUGGUGUGGAGCGCUCCUGCUUGUAUGGUGCUGGCUGGAGGGCGGAAAGCAGCCCCCCUCAUUCUCACCUAAGUCCAGAGCAAGGGUCUUGUAUGAUGGGUGGAAAUACAUGGAGCAGUUUCACCUACUAUCCAUCUUCUCGAAGUACACAGCAGCAACUGGCCAAACAUGACCAAAGGCAGGAUUCCAUUAAAAAGCCCAGACACCUAGGACUGCAACAGUCUUCUGACAUUCCCCACUAUAAAUCGAGUAAGCUCGAAGACCGAGCUUCAGAGCCUACAAGCCACAUGUCUCCAUCUGAAGAGCAAGUUCAAAUUGAAGCAGAAGUUGAAUCUCCCCAUGUUGGGUACCAGUAUGGUCAAGGAUCUGAUGUGCUGCCAAGGAGUUUAGCUGUGUCGCAGCAAGAGCAUGAAUCGCCCCGUUCUUCUAGCAAGUCAAAGUCUUCAAAAGCAGACGAGCAAUAUGCCAACAUACCCUCAAUUUUAGGUGUAAUGGGAGGCUGGGCUGAUGAUGACCUGCCCAGGAUGAGAUUCAAAUGUCCAUUCUGCACCCACGUGGUGAAGCGAAAAGCAGACCUAAAGCGGCAUCUUCGUUGCCAUACUGGAGAACGACCUUAUCCAUGUGAGGCAUGUGGAAAAAGAUUUAGCAGACUAGAUCACCUAAGUAGCCAUUUUCGAACAAUUCAUCAGGCAUGCAAGCCAAUCUGCAGAAAGUGUAAACGCCAUGUGACUGAGCUGACGGGACAAGUGGUCCAAGAGGGAACAAGACGUUACAGACUGUGUAAUGAGUGUCUAGCAGAAGCUGGCAUAGACAGCAUCCGCAUUGACUUGGAGGCUGAACCAUCACUAGAAUUUCCACAAGAAGGGGAUAAGGAUUCCAGGUGGCACUAUGGUGAAGACAACAGAUCUGAUGUGGAGAUUGUGGAGGAUGGGUCCACUGACUUGGUCAUUCAACAGGUUGAUGACAGUGAGGAUGAACCAGAAGAAAAGGAAGUCAAGCCAAAUAUUAGGUAGUUAUGAGUGAAACGAAGAGUAAGUCUCUUCACAUUGAAUUCCUGUGUCUUGACCAUAAGCACCCAACCAGCCAGUCUUUAACAUCCAAAAAUCUGUUGGCUUGUUAUGAACUCAUCCUAAUUGCAUGCAGCUAUGGACAUGCCAUUGAGUCCAUUCUGAAUUUUGUUAUUCAAAGUACCAAUAUUUUGCUUCAUGAGAGAGAAUACAUCCCAAGAUGGAAUAAUGGAUGAGCAAAGGAACUGAACUACUACACUGAUAGUUUUUUUAUAAUAGGCAAUGAGUCCUUUCAUCAAUGGUUGGGUGGGAGGUGGGAGGGUUUAAAUAAUUUAAAAUAAAUCUCAGAAAAUUAUUGUAAAUUACCCAAAUUUUAAAACAUUUAGAGGUUUGGGUUUUUUUAUAUGCCAUGUCACCUGGUGACAACAAAGUGUAAAAGAGGUAACUUGGUGUAGCAUAUAAACAACACCCUUUUUCAGAAUCCCGAAAUGAGGAUAAUCUUCCAUGCAUUUUAAUUAAGUCUUCAUAUUGAGUUUAGAGGAGCCAGGUAGAGCAUUCAGUAAUAAUGUAUAUAAAAUGUUUUGGAUGCUAUAGCACAAACAUCUGGAAAAGCACUUUCUUGUUAAUUUUAUUCUAAUAAGGAAAAACUUUAGCAGACCAUUCAUUCAGGAAAGCUUUCUUUACUAGAAAAUAAACACAUGAACAAUAUUCCUAUUCAGUGCACCACAAAUCAAGUAAUUGCUGAGACAUAUCAUUCCAUAAUAAUACUAAAUGUUUUAUUCACUCUGGAAAGUGGGAAUACUGUUUCUUCUAUCAAACAUUUCUGAUCUUUUGCUAACCAUAAAAAAAAAUAAUUUGUACUUCUUAAAAUGCCAAGCCAAUGUGACUACCAAUUGUUAUGUACAGAACAGAUACAGCACUACCGAUGGCAUUCAAACUUCCCAGGAACUCUGAAGGAAACACCUUCUGGGAUAAAAUGGUAUUUCAGCCCUCAUUCUAGUUUCUUUCUUUCUCCUCUUUCAAUUACUGGCAGUGGUGGCACAACCAAAUAGCUUGUAUGCCUAGUAAUUAGCAACUGAACUGAUACCAACUAACUGUUUCUGUAUUGAAUAUUUUUAUCUGUAUUUACCUAUACUCAGUUUGAACUGAUAAGUUUUAAGGAAAAGACCUCAUCAUGUUACAUGUUUCCAAAGCUAUUAUGCCACCAAGGAGCCCCUUUUAUUCUCUUUCUAAACUUUCUCAGUUUGCAUUAUGUAUCAGCAUGCACCAAAAACCAUGAACAUCAUUUAGAAUAGAAAGGAUGACUAGAGCCAACAAGAUAGUAGUGUUCCUUUAAGACAAAACAAGCCCCUUGCUGAUAAAGUGCAUUUUUAGUUGACCAGUACAGAAAACGAGAAGCUAGUCCACAUUGCUAGUGUACUUUUAUCUAAUCUGAUCCAAACAGAAAUAACUUUGAGCUGGGUACUUUUAAGAAAAUAGGAUGUGAUUACUAAAGUUUUCAUUCUGCCCUUGUUGAAAUCAGUCAACUUGUUAUUAACUUCAGUGGGUACAAAGUUCAACCGUAUUCCUCCCCACUGGUCUUGUUCAUUUGUUUUUUCCCCGUUAGUACGUUUCAGGAUUUUAUCCCUUGGAACCACAUGCACAAGCAUGCUUGGCUGCAAUCUGUAUUAAUUAAUGCACAUUUCCAGAUAGGUGCCCAUUUAUAGUCCAAAACUGGUUUGCAAAUUCCACUUAUGUAUAUUUGCACGUUUUAUUUUGUAUCAGAAUUACCUGAAAGAGUGGCAUUUUCUUUCACAGAUGCCAAUCCCUAGCCACAGCAUCUGUUAAGAAAACCCAAAUGCUACCUUACUGGAGAUCACCUCCUUGGUAAAUAAGCUCACCCUGCUGGCAGGGGCUGAAUACAGUUCAAUAGCAUCAUAGGGUCCACAAUUUUUAAGACUGGCAGCCAGGCUACUGCUGGGACCAAUCUCUUCUGCAGCACCCAGCUCUCUCUGCUCUGUGCUGAGGGCAGCUUUUAUGCUUCCCCCCACCCUUGCAGCCUCCACAUAUCCUAUCAACUCAGUGCUGCUGAUUUUCUUGUCAAUAGCGAUGGGGAGAAGCAAAUUCAGUGGUAAGGGUAAGCAAAGGUUGCUGUAGUGGAGCAAGAGAAUAACCCUUUUUACAGAGAAGGGACGGCUGGGGCCACUGCCUGCUACAUGCUGUGUAGAGGAUUGCCUGCACAUGGCAGAGGAAUGCAUGGUGCAGGGCAGAGAAUGUGCUCGUGCCAUUUCAUGUUGCAGAUUUCCACUUGCCAUGUGCCAGCUCUGGCCCACAGGCCACAGAUUGCCUAUCCCUCUUUAGGGAGUUCUUCUUCCUCUCCUCUUCGUUUGCCUUAAAACAGUGUUAACUGCCUUUAGAGUAGUGUUUCCCAAUCCUUGGGUCAUGACCUAAAAGUGGAUUGCAAGAAUAUAUGAAAGGGUUGUGAACGAACUUUAAAAAUGGAUUAUCCUUUAAAGGAGAAAAAUGUGGGAAAACGGUGGCUUUCCCUUGCAGACUGGCAGAGUUCCAGCCUGCAUGGAGAUGCUUGGGGCCCUCUAUGCUCCACACACGCACCCUGUCCCAUGCAUUGGGGAGAUGGGGCCUGGGGUUGGAGGGCAGCAGAUCAGGACAGGCAUUUUACAAGUGGGUUCCGGUACAAAAAAGGUUGAGAACCACUGUUCUAGUACACAUCUCAUCCAUUUUUCUUUAGAUAGCAGGAUGAGAUAGCCUGAGGUCGGCUCUAAAAGGAGAAGAAAGACAAAGAACCUUUCCAGUCAAUACUUCCUUUUGUUAUUGCCUAUAAGUAUGUUUUACGUCUCUCUUCAUCAGCAGCCCAUACAGCGAGCUUAACCGAACAUCUUGCACAAAAGUCACUUGAAACUUUUUACCUUAACCAAUCCCCCCUAAUGGUUGAGAGAGGGAGGAAGCCCAGCAGAGGCCUUCUGUUGCUGUUAAACACUCAUAACUCACUACGGUUAGAAACAUUCAAAAUGUUCCAUGAACAACUUUAACUAACUUUAUAUAUGUUCCUUUUUUCUAUUUUAAAGACGUGCCAAAGGCUUCUACAGAUGGCAAACUACUUGAGGCACUGUUUGCUGAGACCUAAUUUAGCAUACAUUUUGCUCCCUAUCUGUAAACUAGCAGUUUGCACUCAGCAGUCUGUAGCAGUGCCCAUUGCCACAGAAUACCGUUGGGGAAGAGAGCUUUAGGACUCGCAGCGGAUUUUGGGCUACAUUUGCUGAGGCUACAAUCUAUGGUAGACAUUGCCUACUGUACAGAUACGUACAGAAUGGGUUUUGGCUUUGAGAGUCUCGAUCAAAUAGAAUAUAGGAACAUAGGACUACAAGGGCCCCCCCCCAUGCCAUUGAGUCCAAUGAUAUGAUUAAAAGGACUAUGUUCAAGAGUAUCAGGACCAGAUGCUUCAGAAAAAGAUGAAACAUUUCUGUAGUGGACAAUUAUGUAAUAACUUGUUCAGAUAGAGAACAUUUAUUUCUACAUGCAGAAAACUAGUUGCUGGCUGCACCCUCACAGACUAUGGUUUCUAUAGCUUUAUAUGUUUUUAUGUUAGCUAAUGUAAUUAGAUUUUAUUUUAGCUAUUUUAUAUCAUAUUAAGCCUUGGAGCUCUAACUCCUGGCAAUGAGUUCUACAGGUCAAUUAUGUUUUGUAUUUAAAAAACUAUCAAUUUUAUAUUUGUUGCCUCUAUUUUCAUUUGUUGUUUUCAUAUUUUUGUGUUGUAAGACAGCAUAAAUGGAAGUGCCAGAUAAUCAUUUAUUAUUUA